AAUCAAUCCGAUGUGAUGGAGUUGCAAUAUUGAAGAGCGGAAUUGUUCAAAUGUGCAAGCUAGCUGUAUUACAUUUUUCACAACUCUGUAUAUUGGAUAGCUGGAUGUAAAAUAAUGACGGAAAUCAUAGUGAUAACUGAAACUGAACUCUCCAUUUACUCAUAGGAAAUAGCUUUUAAUGAUCUCGAUCAAUCUUAUAUUGUCAGACACAAUACUGCAUGGGAAUAUCCGGCAAGUUUUGCUUGAUAUGCAAUAGCAAGGGAGAUUGGAAACAUAUAUGUACUAUAGUAAGCAGCAGGUACUUACCAUACAUCGAGACCAUACAUCGUGAUUAAGAUUUGACAAACAAGAAAAGGAAAUGAUAGCAAAGAGAGGCAAAGCUGGAAUUUAACCUCAACCAUCACCAGAGAUUAUCGCAUUCAGAAUGAUGUUCCCCGAGUGAUGUACAGGUAUGUGAAGACAACCAUCUGCAGAUUGGCAGCCUAGUUGGCGACCAACCAUCAACACAGGAUAUCACCAGCAUAUUAUCAAUAGUGAAGGUGAUAGAUGAACAUAUAGCAUCUUAUGGAAAAAUCUGAAUAAUUCAACAAGGCACAAAAACACGUAUACUGUACUAAGUCUGAAUGUAGGUCAAACGACAAUAACGUGUUUUAACUCACGGUGCAACAAGAUGUUAUCUCUUGCAUUGUACAUCCUGGCGGUUCUUGUUGGAUUGAUCCUCAUUUGGUUUUUUGAUCCUCAUGAGAAAGAGAAAAAUGACACUGAUUUUGUGGAAGGACGUGCAAACCGUAAAGCACGUCACGACUAUCGCCAAAGCAGUAUAUUCGCAGUCCUGGGAUUAAGUCGAGAAGAAAUCUUACAUUUUACAGCAUUCCGUGAUCACUUUCAUAGCUUUGAGGAGGUUAUUGGAGCGUGCAAGAGAGCCGGUUUGGAAAAAAGUCACCUGAUCAUUGGUGUUGAUUUUACGGCAAGUAACGAAUGGCAGGGGAGAAAAACAUUCAGUGGGAACUGCCUUCAUAAAAUUUCCGGCUCCAGAAUCUCUAAUCCAUACCAGAAAGUGAUAAGCAUAUUAGGACAAACGAUCUCCGCUUUUGACGAUGAUUCGCUCAUCCCAGCUUAUGGGUUUGGGGACGUCAUGACUCAAGACCAAGAUGUGUUCCCAUUUAAGCCAGACAGUUCCUCGUGCCAGGACUUUCAUGAAGUUUUGGAGUAUUACAAUGAUAUCGCAAGAACUGUUACCCUAGGGGGCCCUACCAAUUUUGCCCCUUUAAUCUAUCGUGCCAUGGACAUUGUGAGAGACACCGAGGAGUACCACAUUUUAGUGAUCAUUGCGGAUGGUCAGGUCACCGAAGAGGACCAUACAAUACAAGCCAUUGUAAAGGCAAGUCUUUGUGCUUUGAGUAUAAUUGUGGUCGGAGUUGGUGAUGGACCAUGGGAAAUCAUGGAAGAAUUUGACGAUCGUCUUCCAAGGCGAAAAUUUGAUAAUUUCCAGUUUAUUGAUUAUCAUAAAAUUACCCAUAAGGCUAAGAAUCCUGAGACAGCACUUGCACUUCAUGCGAUGAUGGAAAUUCCAGAUCAGUAUAAAGCAAUCAAACAAUUGGGAUAUUUACAGAAUUUGCGAGAGAACACAGACCUGGUACAUUAACAAGUGGUCUCCCCAAAGUUUCGGGUGCAAGUAGUUGCUAUUGAAAUUGUAUACUACACAAUAAAUUAGUCAAACUGAAAGUGGCACAUAUCAAAUCAUAAAAUGCCCUUUUCACAUCAAAGCUGCAAAACCUUUUUAAAGUCUUUAUAACUUAAAUUAUUGUAUUGUGGUAACCCACCAAGAAACCCAUGAUCAAAUCAUACACCAAGUUCAUUCUUGAUCUCAAUCUGCAUGUACGUAGUUGAGCAUUUUAUGUAUUCACUAUAUGCUAAUGUAACACGAUUAUGUUGUCUUGAGGUUUAUAAUCUUGCUAUUAUAUUGAUGAGGAUUCAUAUCAGAUAGCCUGAUAGUUGUUGUUUCUAUUGCCAUGGUGCAUCA